AUGGCAGAUUCCAAGGACCACUGCACGGCGAGUCGCCGAAUCUCCGUCUUCACCGAUCAUCUUAUUCCCGUCGGAAUGAUUCCAACUCCCGUUGAUUUCGUUGAACUCUGUAAUGCUUCGUCUAUGGAUGACAAUUACCAUAAGGUUCACGGUGAAGUGCCGACUCACCAAGUCGUUUGGAAAAAAGCUGAUGUCUUCGGUGACGGAGAAAGCAAAGAGUUUGUUGACAUUAUAUACGAGAAAGCCGUCGGUGAAGACAUUGCAAAGAUUACUAUAAAUCGGCCAGAUAGGAGGAACGCGUUCCGGCCUCAGACUGUGAAGGAGCUUAUGCGCGCGUUUAACGAUGCAAGAGACGAUAGCUCUGUAGGAGUCAUUAUACUCACCGGCAAGGGAACAAAAGCAUUUUGCAGUGGUGGUGAUCAGGCAUUGAGAACACCAGACGGUUAUGCUGAUCCCAAUGAUGUUGGCCGUCUUAAUGUCCUUGAUCUUCAGGUUCAAAUCCGUAGACUGCCAAAACCAGUUAUCGCAAUGGUUGCUGGUUAUGCUGUUGGAGGAGGACAUAUCUUGCACAUGGUCUGCGAUCUUACCAUUGCAGCUGAUAAUGCUAUUUUUGGUCAAACGGGUCCUAAGGUUGGAAGUUUUGAUGCUGGUUAUGGAAGUUCCAUCAUGUCUCGUCUGGUCGGUCCGAAAAAGGCAAGAGAAAUGUGGUUCAUGACGAGAUUCUACUCAGCUACUGAAGCAGAAAAAAUGGGACUCAUCAAUACAGUUGUACCGCUAGAGGAUUUAGAGAAAGAAACAGUGAAAUGGUGCAGAGAAAUCUUACGAAACAGCCCAACUGCAAUCCGUGUGCUUAAGGCAGCACUCAAUGCAGUCGAUGAUGGCCACGCCGGACUUCAGGGGCUAGGAGGCGAUGCAACACUCUUAUUCUAUGGAACCGGAGAAGCUACUGAAGGAAGAACGGCUUAUAUGCAACGCCGACCACCAGACUUUUCUAAAUUUCCUCGGCGACCUUGA